AUGCGGUUGAACCUGAGCCUGCCAGCGCGAAUAUUCCUGAGCGGGAGCCGGCCUCUCGUCAGUCCUUCUAUUCAGUUCAGAUCCUUUUCGGCUAUGGCUUCACUCAAAGCUGAGGACCCGUCGGCGGCCCUGCGGCAGGCUGCUGAGAAACAUGACCAGGGGAGCUUGUUGCCAAACGCAGCCGCGGACCCGUUUGCGGCCCUUACUGAGGAACCCGAGCGGGAUCCCCAAGCCGAGUUGAAGAAGCGUCUUCGACAAGUUUCUGAGGCUCCUGAGCAGGAGCGCCAGGCCGUAUUGAAGAGGGUCCUUCCACAGGAAACCAUAGGGAACUUCAAGAAGCGGCUCAAGAAGCGAGAGCGUGACAUGACGAGCGGAUGGCACGACCAAGUCCUGGCUAAGGAUAUUGACGCCCUGCUUGCGUCUCAGAAAGCCGCUUCUGAAGGCACCGCCGACGAACCUGCGGAACAGGAAACCCUCCCCGCGGAAGGAAGUGUCGUCGAGCUGGACGUGGUGGAGCUUUCAUCGACAGGCGAUGGUUUGGCGCAGGAGAAGGGCUAUAAGCGUGUCUACACGGUGCCAUUUACCGUCCCUGGAGACACUAUCAAGGUCAAGGUCUACCGUCACCAGCGCGAGGGCUACAGUGUGGCGGAUCUUAUCUCGGUGACCAAGCCCUCACCUCUCCGCGACGACUCGAGGAUCAGCUGCAAGUACUUUGCGUCCUGUGCGGGCUGCCAGUUUCAGAUGCUCGACUAUGAUGAGCAGCUGAAGCUGAAGCGGCGCAUCGUUGAGAAGGCAUUCCGCAACUUCUCUCAGCUCCCCCCCGAGUUGGUACCGACUGUGUUGCCCACCAUCGGGAGCCCGUUGCAGUACGGUUACCGGACCAAGUUGACGCCUCACUUCGACGGGCCCCCGGGUUGGAACAGGAGAAACGCCAAGGGCGCGAAGCCGAGAUUCCAGGAGAGGCCCAACGUCGGCUUCAAGCCCAAGACCGGCCGACAGACCAUGGACAUUGAGGACUGUCCCAUUGCUACAGAUGCCGUGCGGAAGGGGAUGAAGCAGGAGAGGGCACGGAUAGACCAUGAGUUCACAGAGUACGUGAAAGGCGCCACGGUCCUCCUCCGUGAGAGCACCAAGAGAGUGUCCACGAACGGGUCUGCUUCGCCAUCGCCAAUUCCGGACGAUGCUAUCCAAGUCGAGACGGAACAAUUCACCGACUACAAGACCUGUAUCACUGAUUCCAACGCAAUUUCGACCGAGUAUAUCGACGACCAUGUCUUCCAUAACACCGCUGGCGCCUUCUUCCAAAACAACAACUCGAUUCUGCCAGUUUUCACAGAGCACAUACGCCAAAACGUCUUGCCGCCGUCUCAAAAUGAAGCCACCGAUCCCUCCAGUCGCAUCAAGUAUCUCGUCGACGCCUACUCCGGGACGGGACUUUUCACCAUCACCCUUUCCUCUGUAUUCGAGAGCAGCACAGGCAUCGACAUUGAUGACAAGGCAAUCGCAUCCGCCCGCAGAAACGCUGAAGCCAACAACAUGCCUUCAAAGCAGGCCAAAUUCAUCGCCGCCGAUGCUCGUGAUUUGUUCUGGAACAUGGCCUACCCCGCCGACCAGACGGUCGUAAUCCUUGACCCACCCCGCAAGGGAUGCGAUACUAACUUUUUGGGCCAAUUGCUCAACUUCGGUCCCAAGAGGGUGGUCUACGUGAGCUGCAAUGUGCACACGCAGGCCAGGGAUGUGGGGAUACUUGUCAGGGGUGAGACAGGCAACAGGGAGGUAGAUGCCGAGAUCGCAGCAAAGAACGGGAAGAAGAUCAGAUAUGACAUUGAAAGUCUCAGGGGCUUUGAUUUCUUCCCUCAGACAGGCCAUGUAGAAGGCCUUUGCAUUCUGAACAGGGUCGAGGCACCCAACACGCAAGAGGGUGAAGCACCAGCUGCAGAAUAG